CGCUGUUUUCUUUGUGACCUACUUGAUUCUUGCUUGCUGCUCCGGACCCAGGAGGUAUUUCCCAUGGAAUCUGAUCCUGCUGAGCAUCUUUACCCUCUCCAUGGCUUAUCUCACCGGGAUGCUCUCCAGUUACUACAACACCAAGUCCGUCCUCCUGUGCCUGGGCAUCACAGCCCUGGUGUGUCUCUCCGUCACCAUCUUCAGCUUCCAGACCAAGUUUGACUUCACCUCCUACCAGGGCGUCCUCUUCGUGAUGCUCAUGGUGCUCUUCUUCGGGGGCAUCAUCCUGGCUGUCAUCCUGCCCUACCAAUAUGUCCCUUGGCUCCAUGCGAUCUACGCCCUGCUCGGUGCCGUCAUCUUCACCAUGUUCCUGGCGUUUGACACCCAGAUGCUGAUGGGGAACCGUCGGUACUCGCUGAGCCCGGAGGAAUACAUCUUCGGCGCCCUCAACAUCUACCUGGACAUCAUCUACAUCUUCUCCUUCUUCCUCCAGUUCUUUGGCUCCAGCCAGGAGUGAGCGCAGCCGGGCGGUGUCUUCUCCUUGCUGGCAAGAUGCAAGUGUUUAAGAAAAAAAAAUAUUAAAAGAAGAGGAAAAAGGGGGUUAAAAGAAAAACCAACCUAAACCAACCCACCCUGUCUGGCCCUCUAGCCGGCUCCACUCCAUCGGCUGAGCAAAGCCCCGGGUUCCUCACGCAGCUUGUACAUACGCUGU